AUGAGUAGCAUCGGAACCGGUUACGAUCUAUCGGUCACCACUUUCUCCCCUGAUGGCCGCGUUUUCCAGAUCGAGUACGCUGCCAAAGCAGUCGACAACAGCGGAACUGUUAUUGGGAUCAAAUGCAAAGACGGAGUUGUGUUGGGCGUAGAGAAGCUUAUUCCAUCGAAAAUGAUGCUUCCGGGUUCCAACAGAAGAAUACAUUCGGUUCAUCGUCACUCUGGAAUGGCAGUAGCAGGAUUAGCAGCUGAUGGCAGGCAAAUUGUUGCCCGGGCCAAGUCUGAAGCAACUAACUAUGACAGUGUUUAUGGUGAACCAAUUCCUGUUAAGGAACUUGCUGAUCGUGUGGCUAGUUAUGUGCACCUUUGUACACUAUAUUGGUGGCUCAGACCUUUUGGAUGUGGUGUCAUACUAGGAGGUUAUGACAGGGAUGGACCACAGUUGUACAUGGUUGAACCUUCAGGUGUUUCCUAUAGGUAUUUCGGGGCUGCAAUUGGGAAGGGCAGGCAGGCUGCUAAAACAGAGAUUGAAAAGUUGAAGCUUGCUGAUAUGACUUGUCGACAAGGGGUUAUUGAAGUGGCGAAGAUUAUAUAUGGAGUUCAUGAUGAGGCAAAGGACAAAGAUUUUGAACUAGAAAUGAGCUGGGUAUGUGAUGAAUCAAAACGCCAGCAUGAAAAGGUCCCAGACGAGCUUCUAGAAGAAGCUAAAGCAGCGGCCAAAGCAGCUCUUGAAGAAAUGGAUGCAGAUUAG